AUGGAACACAUGCCCAAGGAGCAAGAGCCUAACCCACUCGAGGGCGAAGAGAAACGGUGGCUCAAUGGCCCGAAGAGGAAGAGGAAGAACAGCCAAUGUUCGGUUAAGAGCAUGACGGUUUUAUCAAUUUGUGUGCCAGGGUACAUCCCCAGCUACCUGGAGAAGGAUGAGCCGUGUGUGGUGUGUGGUGACAAGGCCACAGGCUACCACUACCGCUGCAUUACAUGUGAGGGCUGCAAGGGUUUUUUCCGCAGAACCAUCCAGAAGAACCUGCACCCCGCCUACUCGUGCAAGUACGAAGGCUGCUGCAUCAUCGACAAGAUCACGCGCAACCAGUGUCAGCUAUGUCGCUUCAAGAAGUGCAUCGCCGUUGGCAUGGCUAUGGACUUGGUUCUGGACGACUCCAAGCGGGUGGCCAAGCGGCGCCUGAUCGAGGAGAACCGCGAGCGCCGCAAGAAGGAGGAAAUGGUCAAGACGCUUCAGAACCGGCCGGAGCCCACCGGGUCGGAGUGGGAGCUGAUCCACAUGGUGACCGAGGCCCACCGGCACACCAACGCUCAGGGCUCUCAGUGGAAGCAGAAGCGCAAAUUCCUGCCGGACAAAAUCGGCCAAUCACCGGUGGCGCCCACGUCGGACGGCGACAAGGUCGACUUGGAGGCCUUCAGCGAGUUCACCAAGAUUAUCACUCCCGCCAUCACGCGAGUGGUCGACUUUGCCAAAAAACUUCACAUGUUUUCAGAGUUGCCCUGCGAGGACCAGAUCAUCCUGCUGAAGGGCUGCUGCAUGGAGAUCAUGUCGCUGCGGGCGGCCAUGCGCUACGACCCCGAGAGCGAGACGCUGACGCUGAGCGGCGAGAUGGCGGUCAAGCGCGAGCAGCUCAAGAACGGCGGGCUGGGCGUGGUGUCGGACGCCAUCUUCGACCUGGGCAAAAGCUUGGCGCAGUUCAACCUGGACGACACAGAGGUGGCGCUGCUGCAGGCCGUGCUGCUCAUGAGCUCAGACCGCUCCGGCUUGACGUGCGUGGACAAAAUCGAGAAGUGCCAGGAGGCCUACCUGCUGGCGUUCGAGCACUACAUCAACUACCGCAAGCACAACAUUCCUCACUUCUGGCCCAAGCUGCUGAUGAAAGUGACGGACCUGCGCAUGAUCGGCGCCUGCCACGCCAGCCGCUUCCUGCACAUGAAGGUGGAAUGUCCCAACGAGCUCUUCCCGCCGCUCUUCCUGGAGGUCUUCGAGGACCAGGAGGUGUGA